CGUUGCAGUAUUGUGGGCUGUAACAGCGCAUCACAUGAUCGCCGAGGGAAAAACCUACAAAAUGGGAUAACUUUCCACGCUUUCCUGCCUGGAGGCGCAAACACGGAGACCAAGUUUCACAGAUGACAAAGAGUUGUCGGCUAGCUUGGAUCGCGGCUGUAAGACGACAGAACAUAACUUUCCACAGUAUCCCGAUGUCAAUGCGAGUGUGUUCCCUGCAUUUUCAUUCUGGAAAACCAGCAAAUGAAAUGUACACCUCACAUCCGGAUUGGGCACCAUCACUACACUUGGGCCACACUGAGAUAAAGGCCACACAGACUGCACGCUAUGAGAGACAGGAAAAGAGAAAACGGCAAAGGACUGACAGUACACCUGCGAUGGAUGAGACAGCUAUUGAUGACCUUGUUCCGCCCGUGGAGACACCAGCACCAGCUGAGGAUGGAGCUGAGCAGACACCGCUGACAGAAUGUGACUUCUGUCAGCGCCGGCGUGCUGAAAUCAACCGGCUGCUGGAGGAGAACAGGACCCUGAAACGUGAGCUUGGCCAGAGAAAAAUGGAUGAAGAUUUCCUGAAGGAAGACACCGGCAAAGUGAAAUACUACACUGGACUUCCACACCUUAAAGUCAACCACUUUAUUCUGGUGUUUAUGAAUUACUGUAUUAAAGAAAAGAUUGAUGCUCAAUAUGGAAUUGACAACUUCUUUAAUGCGAGCGGCGGCUUGGGAGGAGAGAGAGGAGCGACGGCGCAGCGGAGGCAGCAGCGCGCAGAGGAUGACCGGCAUGCUGAUCGACUGAUUGGAGUGGUUGUGUGGGCAAUAGGAGAGAUGCCAUCAGCGAGCGUGGGUCUGUCAUCCAUCAGUGGAGGAGCGAGCAGGAGGAUCACCGUGUAA